CGCACUGAUCUGUCGCCGCAGCCCGCGCACGAGUCUCCCAUCCCUCCUUUUGCAAUAGCAGCUGCCCGAGCCCCUUUACUUCACUUGUAACAGUUGUUUUCCAUAUUUCUCGUCAUUACACACAGUUUAGCCUCACGCCCUUGCUUUUGCCUUUCACAGCUGACCUUUCUCACUCUCUCACGUGCGCGUGCUUGACAUCUAGCUGUCUCCGAGUCCCACGUCUGUGCGCGUCCUCGCCUCAUUCCAGCGCGCUCCCUCAGGUUGGCAGUGGAGGAGUUAGAGGAGGGGGGGAGACCGUAGUCGCCCGGGUUAGGAGAGAGGAGAUAGCGGAGAAAUAGUCCCAGCUGCACGGAUCAGCCGGUGAUUGCUAGGAGGCCGCCGGGCGCGGUGUCUCAGGAUUUCGGCUGCUCCCCGGGCUUUGCCCCCCUCGGUAUAAGGGAAGAUGCCGGCAGUAUCCAAGGGGGACGGGAUGCGGGGCCUGGCCGUGUUCAUAUCGGACAUCAGAAAUUGUAAAAGCAAAGAAGCUGAGAUAAAGAGGAUUAACAAAGAGCUGGCCAACAUUCGCUCUAAAUUUAAAGGAGACAAAGCUUUGGACGGUUACAGCAAGAAGAAAUAUGUCUGCAAGCUGCUAUUUAUCUUCCUGCUUGGCCAUGAUAUUGACUUUGGUCAUAUGGAGGCGGUGAAUCUGCUGAGCUCCAACAAGUACACAGAGAAGCAAAUUGGUUAUCUCUUUAUUUCUGUUCUGGUGAACUCAAACAGUGAACUAAUUCGGCUAAUUAACAACGCCAUCAAGAAUGACCUAUCCAGCCGCAAUCCUACGUUUAUGAACCUGGCCCUUCACUGCAUUGCUAAUGUGGGCAGCAGAGAGAUGGCAGAGGCUUUUGCUGGAGAGAUCCCAAGAGUUCUGGUUGCCGGGGACACAAUGGACAGUGUUAAACAGAGUGCCGCCCUCUGCCUGCUGCGUCUGUACCGCACCUCUCCGGACCUCAUGCUUACUACUGAGUGGACAUCUCGAGUGGUGCACCUUCUUAAUGACCAACACCUGGGUGUGGUCACAGCUGCAAGCAGUCUUAUCACUACAUUGGCACAGAAGAACCCAGAAGAGUUUAAAACAUCUGUAUCAUUGGCUGUGUCCAGACUGAGCAGGAUCGUCACCUCGGCUUCUACAGACUUGCAAGAUUACACGUACUACUUUGUUCCCGCUCCCUGGCUGUCCGUGAAGCUAUUAAGGCUGUUGCAGUGUUAUCCUCCCCCAGAGGACCCUGCAGUCCGUGGCCGACUGACUGAGUGCUUAGAGACUAUCCUAAACAAGGCACAGGAACCCCCCAAAUCCAAAAAAGUGCAGCAUUCCAACGCUAAAAAUGCUGUGCUGUUUGAGGCCAUCAGUCUUAUCAUUUACCACGACAGUGAACCCAACCUGCUGGUCAGAGCUUGCAACCAACUGGGCCAGUUCCUACAGCAUCGGGAGACCAACCUCCGUUACCUGGCGCUGGAGAGCAUGUGCACAUUAGCCAGCUCCGAGUUCUCACAUGAAGCUGUCAAAACGCAUAUUGAAACGGUCAUUAAUGCACUGAAGACAGAAAGGGACGUGAGUGUCAGACAGCGGGCGGUGGAUCUUCUGUACGCUAUGUGUGACCGGAGCAACGCUCAGCAGAUUGUAGCAGAAAUGUUGAAUUACCUGGAAACAGCAGAUUAUGCCAUCCGGGAGGAGAUUGUGCUAAAAGUAGCAAUUCUUGCAGAGAAGUAUGCUGUGGAUUACACCUGGUAUGUAGACACUAUCUUAAACCUCAUCCGAGUUGCAGGCGACUAUGUCAGCGAGGAGGUCUGGUACCGCGUCAUCCAGAUAGUUAUUAACAGGGAUGAUGUUCAGGGUUAUGCAGCUAAGACCGUCUUUGAGGCUCUUCAGGCUCCUGCAUGUCAUGAAAAUCUGGUGAAGGUCGGAGGGUACAUCUUGGGCGAGUUUGGGAACCUCAUUGCUGGUGAUCCUCGAUCCAGUCCAUUAAUUCAGUUUAACUUGCUGCACUCCAAGUUUCACUUGUGCAGUGUGCCGACCCGGGCACUACUCCUCUCGGCCUACAUAAAGUUCAUCAAUUUAUUCCCCGAAAUCAAACCCACUAUCCAAGAUGUGCUACGGAGCGACAGUCAGCUCAGGAAUGCGGAUGUCGAGUUACAGCAGCGAGCCGUAGAAUACUUGCGCCUUAGCUCUAUUGCCAGCAAUGAUAUCCUGGCCACCGUCCUGGAGGAGAUGCCACCAUUCCCUGAGCGAGAGUCCUCUAUUUUAGCCAAGCUGAAGAAGAAAAAGGGUCCAAGCACAGUGACCGAUCUAGAAGAUACCAAGAAGGAGAAGAGUACGUCUGAUGUGAAUGGGGGCACUGAGCCCGCCCCUGUCAGCACAGCGCAAGGUCUUCCAUCUCCACCAAAUGUCUUUGGAAGCCUAUCCAGAUGUGUGAUGCGCCCCCGUCCAUGCUCUCUUCUGGUUCCUACCCCAGUCAGUAAUCAACUGUCCCUUACUGAGAUUAACCAGUCUGUAGUAGGACUGCCGACCUAUCAGUCCACCCCCUCCCCGUCUGCUGACCUGUUAGGCCUGGGGGCACCUUCCGGUUCUAGCCCUGCUGCACCUGCCUCCUCGUCUGCCGGUAGCCUGCUUGUUGAUGUCUUUGCUGAUCCUAGUCAACCCGUUGCUGCUGUUUCUACAAGUACAGAUGAGAACUUCCCAAGGUUUAUUUGUAAGAAUAAUGGGGUCCUUUUUGAGAACCAACUUCUCCAAAUUGGGUUGAAAUCGGAGUUUCGGCAAAAUCUUGGCCGGACGUUUAUCUUCUACGGAAACAAGAUGUCUGCUCAAUUUCAGAAUUUCACUCCAACUUUAAUCUGCUCAGAAGAGCUAAGUGCUAGCCUCAAUCUGCAGUCCAAGACGGUAGAGUCCACCAUAGACGGAGGUGCUCAGUUGCAGCAGGUGGUGAACAUUGAAUGCGUCCAGGAAUUUGUGGAAGCUCCUGUUCUAAACAUUCAGUUCAGGUAUGGAGGAGCAGUCCAAAACGUUUCAGUGAAGCUGCCCAUCACUCUAAACAAGUUCUUUCAACCCACAGACAUGGAGGCUCAGGACUUCUUUCAGCGCUGGAAGCAGCUUAGCAGCCCAAACCAAGAGGUGCAAAAUAUUUUUAAGGCUAAACUUCCUAUGGAUACAGAGAUCACAAAGGCUAAGAUCAUUGGAUUUGGCCCUGCUCUUUUGGAAAACGUUGAUCCAAAUCCGUCCAAUUUUGUGGCAGCUGGAAUUAUUCAGACAAAAUCCCGACAAGUGGGAUGCCUGCUGCGACUUGAACCUAAUGUACAGGCCCAGAUGUAUCGGCUCACCAUACGCACAAGUAAAGAAGAGGUGUCCCAGAGAUUAUGUGACCUGCUCUCUGAGCAGUUCUAAUUCCUCCUCGUACUGUUCCCAAAACCAAUGUCUUUGUGAUCUUUCUUCCUGCUUUCCAGUUCCUCCUCAUCUCAUUGACAAUAAAUAUUCCUUAUACCUAA